AUGCUGGCGACGCCGACUAGCAGCAGCAGCCACUCGCCGCUGCCGGACCCCACCCCCACCACUACGACAACCAAUACUAUCGCCGCCGGCCUCGUCAUCUCCACCCAGCGCCGACAGGAGCUCCUCGGUACGGCCGCCUCUCCCAGCUCCUCUCGUGACGGCGGCGCGCGGCAGCACACGCUACACGUCGUCAUCCGCAUCCUCAAAUCCUGGCCACGGCUGAUGGCCAUGCACGGCGCCUCCCCGCAGCACCUGCCUCCAAUGAUGCACCCGGUGCAGCUAGAGCCGCACGCCGACGCGCUGCCAGUGCCGCUGGCGAACUGCUUCGCGCUGGCCAAACUCUGGGCCACGCACACGCGCGACAACACCGCCCAACUCGUCCACGACGCCGCAACGCAAGAAGUCCAGCGCCUCCUGCACUCGCACCACCCCUCCUCCACCCCGACCGACCUCCUCGCCGCCGCCCAAGCCCUCCUCAUCCUCACAACCAUCCUCUUCUUCGGCCUCCCAGACCGCGCCCACGACAUCGCCGACGAAGCCCAAACCCUCAUCGCCGUCUGGGACGUGAAGCACGCGCUCGCGCUAACCGGCCUCUUCGACCCCGCCGAACUAGAUCGCCCAGAACGCGUACCGGACGACUGGAAGCAGUGGGCCCUCGUCUCCGCCAAGCGCCGCACCAUCCUCGCGCUGCACCACCUGGAGUGGGCGUGGUCGCUGGUGCACGGGCGCGCCGUCCUGACGUGCUUCGAGCUGGGUCCGCUGCCGGCGCCGGCGGCGGGGUGUGUGUGGCGCGCAAGAGACGAGCGGGAGUGGAGGGGGGAGUAUGGGGGGUGGUUGGGGCGGUGGGGGGAGGAGAGUGGUGGAGGGUACAGGAUGGUGGAGUUUUUUGGGAUUAGGGCCGGGGAGGAGCUGGGGGUGAGGGGGGAGAUGUGGUUGGCCGAGGCGGAUGAGUUUGGGGUGUUGUUGAUGGCGGAAGGUGAGUCAGUGUUCGGUAGCCCCAUGUUGUUGGUGGUGGAAAAGGUUGGCUGA